AUGAGGCCCCCGACGGGCUUUCUUGCCCUUCUGCUUUGCUUCCCCACAGCUGCGACAUUGAGCCUGCUGCGCUGGUGCGCAGUCUCUGACCAAGAGUUGGCCAAGUGUAGCGACAUGAGCAAGGCCUUUUCCAGAGCAAACAUCUCCCCUGAACUGGCCUGUGUCAAUGGUGGCUCAGUGAUCGACUGCGUCUCUAGGAUUAAUCGGAAUUUGGCCGAUGCAGCCACUGUGGACGGGGGCAUCCUUUACCAGGCUGGGAAGGAGCACGGUCUGAAACCAGUCGUGGCUGAGGCCUAUGGCCAAGACCUUGGCACCUCCUACUACGCAGUGGCAGUGGUGAAGACCAGCUCCAGCCUGACCAUCAACCAUCUGAGAGGGGCCAAGACCUGUCAUACAGGGAUCAACCGAACAGCUGGCUGGAACAUCCCGGUGGGCUUCCUCCUUGAUAGCGGCCGAAUGCCCAUGAUGGGUUGCAGUGUCACCCAAGCUGUCAGUGACUAUUUCAACGCCAGCUGUGUCCCUGGGGCAACUGCUGUUGGGGACCCUGCCUCCCUCUGCGAACUCUGCAUGGGAGACUCUGCUGGGCAGAGCAAGUGUGAGAUGAGCUCCAAAGAGGGAUAUUAUGACUACUUGGGUGCCUUCAGGUGCCUGGCGGAUGGGCCAGGAGAGGUGGCCUUUGUCAAGCAUACAACAGUGACCGAAGCCAUGGAAGGCCAAGCUCAGCCUUCCUGGACCUUGGAGGACUUCCAGCUUCUCUGCCAGGACGGGAGCCGGGCGGCAGUCAGCGAGUGGCGGACCUGUCACCUGGCACGGGUCCCUGCUCAUGCCGUGAUCACCCGGCAGGACGUGGAAGGCAGCCUCAUCUUUAAAGUGCUGGAUCAAGGACAGCGAAGUUUCAGUGGUGGAAACUCCAGCUUCCAGAUGUUUGACUCUGCAGUCUAUGGAGGGAAAAAUCUUCUCUUUAAAGACUCUACCGUAGAGCUGGUUCCCAUUACGGAACAGACCUACCAGGCUUGGUUGGGAGAUGAAUACCUGCGUGCCAUGCGAGGCUUGGAUUGUGAUCCUAAAAGGGUGCCAGGAUUCCUGCGCUGGUGCGUCUUCUCAACGGAGGAAAUCUGGAAAUGCAGCAAGAUGGCUGCCGCCUUUAAGAGCCGGAAUCUGAAGCCAGAAAUCCAGUGUGUUUCAGCCCAGAGUCCAGAGCAGUGCAUGGAACGCAUUCAGAAAAGAGACAUUGAUGCUGUGGUUCUGGCUGGAAAGGAUGUUUACGUAGCCGGGAAGACCUAUGGCCUGGUGCCGGCUGCUGCAGAGCACUACGCAGAGGGAGAUACCGUGAGCACCUACUAUGCGGUGGCAGUGGUGAAGCGAGCAACGUCUGACGUCUUCACCAUCCAUCAGUUGCAGCAGAAAAGGUCCUGCCACACCGGCUAUGGGCGGAUGGCCGGCUGGAACAUACCCAUCGGCCUGCUGUUGCGAAAGGGGUUCAUUCAGCCCCAGGAAUGCGACCUUCUCAAAGCGGUGAGUGGCUUCUUCUCCGCCAGCUGCAUUCCGACAGCCGAGAAGGAGGGCUACCCUGCCAACCUCUGUGAGCUCUGCAUUGGGGACAGCCAAGGGAAUUUCAGGUGCAACGCCAGCAGCCGGGAGACGUAUUACGGCUACACGGGAGCCUUCAGAUGCUUAGCAGAGGGUCAUGGUGACGUGGCUUUUGUCAAGCACAGUUCAGUCUUCGAAAACACCGAUGGGCACAAUACUGAUGCUUGGGCCUCAAGGCUUCGGUCUGGCGAUUUCCAGCUCUUGUGCCCAAACGGUGCCCGUGCUGAAGUUCCCCAGUUUGCUCAUUGUCAUUGGGGCCAAGUGCCUCCUCGUGCCAUUAUGGUCCACCCAGACACCAGUGCCCUGGUUGUGUACGGGCUUCUGCGUAAGGCUCAGGAUUUCUUUGGUGAUGACAACAACCCGAAUGGAUUUAAAAUGUUCAGUUCAUCAGAAUUCCAAAAGCAGGAUUUAAUCUUCAAGGAUUCCACAGUUGAAAUUGUGCCAGUGGGAGAGAGAAGAACAUUCGAGUCCUGGCUGGGGCAGCCGUUCCUGGACUCUUUAGAAGGCCUGGAAUCCUCCCAGUGUUCAAGAGCUGCUUUUAAGGACUGA